CAGACACACACACAUGCUCUUUUAUUCACCGCACUUACGCUCGCGUUCACUGAUUCCGGAGCUUAAAGACCGGUUUGGGUACCGCACCCUGCGCUUCAGCGAGCCACUCUGCUGGAAUUAAGCGACAAUGAUUAAUGAAAUUGAAAGAAGGCGACUCAUGGAAGUAGUAGACUAUGCAUGAGGAAACUGCAGACAGCCAUGGAUAUGCGUCCACGUUCCUAUCAGAGGAUUUGGUUUGGGUUCUCACUCCUCUCUGUGCAGUUUACUCAGACAGUCUCAUGACAAAUAAUGUGUCACCAUCCCAAAACAUGAGUCCAGUGGAAUAGUUGCUGAAUUCGCCGACAGACAGACAUUCCUUCAGAACCGUGUGAUGCGGCGGCGGAAAACAAACAAGAAAUAACACUGAACCGCGAAAGUAGUCAGCCCACUUGGGAUGUGAGUCAUUGAUGAAUGGCAACAGUUCCAGGUUCUGGACUUCGUCAAACCUUCCCGGGCCACAGCCUGAGCGGAUGAAAACGUGGCCAAUACACCUCCGCUUUAAUAGCAGACCCACCGAUGAGGAAUACGGACAUAGACCGGUGCCAUGGUGAGACACUGAGCCCUUUCGUUUCCGGGGCGACCAUUCGGGCUGAAUAAACAGACGGCGGUGACCCAAGUGCGCCGAUUGACGCGUUCCAGCGGGCAGCGAGACUGUACAUCCCGGGAGCGUGUCCGUGGACCCGAGGGCCGAUAGCGGGAUGCUGCGGAGGGGUCUCCUGGCCUGGGUGUCCCGCGUCGGCGUGCUGCUCAUCCUGGCGUGCAGCUCGCUCUCCCUGCUGUACGUCAUGACCUGCAGCCCCCACUCCGAGGACGGCCUGGUGAGCCACGCCUUGCCACGCCCCGGGCUGGGGGUCGGGGCACAGGGGGGCACAAGGGCGGCUCAAGGCGGACCCACGGGACGGGAGGGGUACCAUAUAAUGCUUGCGGAGCGCGAGGAGCAACACAAGCUCCAUAUCGCCAGUUUGAAAAAACAAAUCGCCCAGCUGAAGGAGGCGCUGCAGGAGCGCAGCGAGCAGCUGAAAGGUGUUCAGGAUUCCAUGGACCGGGCAGUGGGGGGAGGCAGAGGUGGCCAGUCCCCAGCGGGGGGGAUCCUGGCCGAGGGGGGCCAGGGUCCGGGGGCCGACCGGAGCCAUGCGGACCUCCAGGAGUUUCUGCGCAGUCAGCUGGGCCGCGCCGAGGUGCACCAGGGGACCAGGCUACCCAGUGAGUACGCCGUGGUGCCCUUCGAGAGCUUCACCCUGCAGAAGGUGUACCAGCUGGAGAUGGGCCUGACCAGGCACCCUGAAGAGAAGCCUGUGAGGAAGGACCGGAGAGACGAGCUUAAUGAAGCUCUGGAGACAGCCCUGCGGAGCCUUAACACCCCCCGAGAUGGAGCAGACCAGAGCAGAACCACCAAGGUCUACUCACCGUCUGACUUCAUAGAAGGUAUCGCCCGGACAGAGAAGGACAAAGGCACUCUGUACGAGCUCACCUUCAAAGGAGACCAGAGCCGCGAGUUCAGGAGGCUGGUUCUGUUCCGUCCCUUCGGGCCGCUGAUGAAGGUGAAGAACGAGAGGGUGGACACGGCCAAUGUCCCCAUCAACAUCAUAGUGCCCCUCUCCCAGAGAGCUGACAAGUUCAGACACUUCAUGCACAACUUCAGGGAGGUGUGUGUACGCCAGGACGGUCGUGUUCAUCUCACUGUGGUGUACUUCGGGAAGGACCAGAUGAAUGAAGUCAGGAGCACGCUGGAGAACACGUCUAGGGAGUUCAACUUCAGGAACUUCACCCUGCUGCAGUUGAAUGAAGAGUUCUCCCGUGGGCGUGGCCUGGAUGUGGGUGCCAGAGCCUGGAAAGGAGGUAACGUUCUCCUCUUCUUCUGUGACGUUGACAUCUACUUCACCGCUGACUUCCUCAACACCUGUCGCCUCAACGCUCAACCUGGUAAAAAGGUGUUCUAUCCUGUUCUGUUCAGCCAGUAUAACCCAACCCUGAUCUAUGGCAGUCAGGAUCACAUCCCUCCAGCUGAACAGCAGCUGGUGAUCAAAAAGGACACAGGAUUCUGGAGAGACUUCGGCUUUGGAAUGACGUGCCAGUACAGAUCAGAUUUCAUCAACAUUGGUGGUUUUGACGUGGACAUCAAAGGCUGGGGUGGCGAAGACGUUCACCUUUACAGGAAGUACCUGCACUCCAACCUUCUGGUGGUGCGCUCCCCGUCGCGCGGCCUCUUCCAUCUAUGGCACGAGAAGCGCUGCGCGGACGAGCUGCCCCCAGAGCAGUACAGGAUGUGCAUGCAGUCUAAGGCCAUGAACGAGGCGUCGCACGGUCAGCUGGGCAUGCUCUUCUUUCGGCACGAGAUAGACGCUCACUUGCGCAGGCAGAAACCCCAGCGACCCGUUGCCAAAAAGACAUGAUGGGGGGGCGGGGAUUUUCACUUCAGAAGGACAACUGACGGUAUGACAGUGAAGUAACGACAACUGAACCCAGAUGUCAGGAACAGUCCUGACAGGACUGACUCAUUCCAACAGCCUACUCACAGAAACAUGGCACCUGAGGCGCCUGUCGUACCUGUUAAGACAACAAUGGUAGUCACCUUCAGUUUGGUCCAUAAUCGUGUGCCUCGUGUUGACAGACUAACAGACAGAGAAUUGUGAUGCGGCAUGGGCUGGUUUUUCCAGACUGGAGCUGGAGGUUCCUGUAGCCCACUAGAGCCACCUUGUGUAUAAGUAGAGAACAGCAUGAUGGUGUCCUGCUGGCCAUGCUGGACAACCUGUUUACAUGACUCUACACUCAGAUGGAUGGCCAUGCUUAACUGAAUGAGUUGUUUAUUGGGAUUAUGGAGAAAAGCAAUGAAAACAAUGGAAAGACUGGGAUAUGGACAUGAUUGCUCUGCUUUUUCACAGGUUUAACAGAUCCUACAUACACAUGCUUUUUCUUUGCCAGGAAACCAAUCAGAAUGCAGAUUUGUCUUGUUUUACAGUUCUGAAGAAUUAUUAUUUCUGUUUAAUUGUUAUAUUUAGAAAUUAUUUGACUACUCUAGAUUGACGACAUUUCAUUUUGAGUAAAGUUAUAAAAUGUUCAUAUAAUAUCCAGUAUAUUUUAAUUGACACAUCAUACUCAUGUUCGAUCUUUAAGUUAUACACUGUUCAAAUAACUUGUAUGGUGAAAGAAAUAGCCUAAAAAUAUAUAUUUAUUAUUUAACAUAAUUGUUAGCUGCAUUUAAAAAAAUGACAAUUAUUUCUUAGAAGCUAAAAUGACGAUGGCUGGACACAAUUCCAAAUGAGCCAAAUUAAGUUGAUAGUUGUUGCUAUUAGAAUGUCUACAGAGCAGUAAAGGCCCAUACAAGGAAGGACAGGAAAAGGCCAGUAUAUGAAAUUGCAAAUGAAGACAAUCUGAAAUGAAUAGAAAUAUAAUGUUAAUGUGGAUAGAGUGCCUGUGGAUGACACAUUGUUUUGAUGUUAUCCUCUCCUACUGGAAGUAUUUCUUAGAGGCAUAGCCUAUGGACAGCUAAAAACAGUGUUAGAGAUGAAUAAAUGUUCAUUCACAGCAAGUAUUAAUGACUUCAUGCCUUUAAAAAAUGUCACGUAUUUGUUUUAAAUCUAAGCUGUCAAUGCUGAGUCUGAACAAAUUUUUGAGAUAUAAAAUGUUAUUCUCAAGAGCUUUCCAUUCCAGGAAAGCACUUGGGGUGUUUCACAUGGAAUAACUUGUUUUAACCUACAUUUUUGUUGACGACCAAAGCCUGUGAAAAGAAUAAAAUGGAUGCACUUUUAGUA